CCAGCUAUCGCCAAACCUGUUGAUCGGCUUACCUGUUUGGCUUGCCAACAUGACACAAAUACCUCCCUGCUGUCAUAUCUGUGGCGUCGGUUCAUAUUACUUGACAUGGACUGUCCUGUUACAUGGAAGCCUUUGCUGCCGUUCUUUCCAUAUAAGACCAAGCGCCUUCCAUCCUCACACCCUACGCAGCCCUUCCUGUUGUUCACCCACCGUCCUUGCCCUGUGGAUAUGUGAUGUCCCAUACAAUGGCUGCAAAUCUUCCCAUCGAACUUAUCCAUUGCGUCCUUGAACAUGUCGACUUAGAGACUUACGUCGCUGCACGGUCGUCAUGUCGCCCCUGGCGGAGUGCAGCAUCGAUCUCCUCCAUACUUCGAAGAGCUCUGAAAGAAGCUCCCUUAUCAAUACCUCCACGAGUAGAGCUCCUCACCAAUGAGGAAUGGAAUGUCUACUUCUAUCAAAUUACUCAUUUGAACCUCCUGGGCCACCGGACACAAGUCGAGAAAUCGGAGCUUCGACGUGUGUUGCCUGACGACUGCUCCCCUACUAGUGUGCUAGCAUCCUCCCAUGACGGCCAAACGCUGGUGACCCUAAAAGGGACACGAGCAACGAUGUACAGUCAUCCGGACAAGCGCAGCCCAUGGGAGUUCUCCUUGGCUUCAUCACUCUACCCGCUCUGGACUUCCGUAUGCCGCGCCAUGAUGGAGGGAGGCAGUUCAGGAAGCAUGGUUCUCGACCAGCGGUACGCAAAACAUCGUAUCGCCAUCUCUUCCCAAGGCCACCUUCUCGCCGUUGCUCUGGGCACGACGAUUCAAAUCUACAACCUCGGGGACGAAGACGGCAUCGCUUCCCCAGCCGAAUACGUGCUCGGCGAAAACAGCGGCAUAUUCAGCAGCCCUCCCAUCGCCGGCUACGAAGAAACCAAUGGAGUCGUCGAGUCUCUCGAAUUCAGCAACGACGACACCCUCCUCCGCGUCGUCAUCGGCAAGGAAACCACCACCUUCCAACCAAGCCGCGUCCGCUACCUGGGCAACCCGUGCAACACCCCCCAGCACCACCCCAACAUCCAAUACUGGCGUGACAAUCUCAACCAUAUCUUCCUCGACUCGGUCUCCAUGGCCGUCAGCCUCGGUGCAGGGGAAGGAAAAGUGAUCCUGCGCGGCCUCCGCCUCCUCUCCCCAUCCUACUACGACCCCAAACUCCAAGACCUCCCCGUCGACCCAUCCUCCACCUCGCACUACUUCACCGCACUCCUCCACUCCGAACACACAAACAGCUACUGCAUCGGCCUGGUCACGACCUCUCCAUCCUCCCCACAGACCAUCACCAUUACCCGCCUCCUCCCCUCCCGUCAGCACCACUCCAUCCCCACGCACGAAUCCUCCUCCCCCUCCACCCCCGCCAACCCAGUCACCAUCUCCAAAGACCCCCAAUCCAUCUCCGCCUCCCUCCAAAGCGCCUCCCACAGAUGGAACCCCACCAACCUCCCUGCCGCAUCCACCACAAACCCCCUCCUCGCUCUCUCCGACGACGCUAAUCUCCUCGUCGUCUACGAACCCGCCGCCGGCCCCUGCUGCUUCGUCGACGGCGGCGCCCUCUACGUCUACUGCAUCAAGAACUGCAUCCCCGUGUAUACCUCCCAACCAUCCGCGGAGACCAACAACAUCACCAACAAUAACCCCCCACUCGACCUGCAGAGUCUCACCUCAUCGAAAGGGAAAUAUCCCCCGCUGGACGUGAUCCCCUCGUGGUCUUUCCUGCUGGAUGUCUCCAACGUCGAUGUGGAUGACCUGCAAAUCACCAGGGCUGAUGAUGGUGGAUCCGGGUACGUGGUUAGUGCGGCCGCGGGGAAGGAUAUCAUCGAGUGGAGGAUUCGUUGAUAACAUAACGGGAUGAUUCUCUUUCACCUUUUCAUUUUCUUCCUCCUCCUCUUCUUUCUUCUUCUUCUUUCUCCUUCACCCUCAGAAGACUAUCUUUUUUUUAUAUUUCUAUCUCCAUUGGCGUGGCGUGGUUAUCAUUUUGCUUGUUUGGGUAGGGUAGAGUAUAAAAGAAACCAUAGAUUGGACUUCAUUGUUAUGUUAUGUUAUGUUCAGUAGCAUUGAUCAAAAAAGUCAUUCUGGCUGGCUGGCUGGUUGGUUGUUAUAGAGCUUAUCAUCAUGAAUAUCAUCAUCAUCAUCAUAAUGAUUGUUUUACAAUUUCGGGACACUAUUACCAAUAAAACAUUUACAACAUACCAAAACAACA